GAAAUUAUGCCCAUGGUUGCCAUGUUGUAUCCUCAAACUAGUCCCUGCCAACAACAUGACUGUAAACACGGAGUUUGCUUUCAACCGAGUGGUGCUUCUGAUUAUAUCUGCAAAUGCUCGCCUGGAUUUACGGGAAAAAGGUGCGAAUCUCUAUCUAGUGUGAGUUUUCGUGAAGGAUCCUUUCUAGAGUUUGAUCCUCUUCAUACUAAACCAAAGUGCAAUAUCACAAUAACGUUUGCAACGCAGCAAGAUUAUGGUGUUAUGGUCUACAAUGGUGAAUUGCAACAUUUAGCAGUAGAACUCUUCCUUGGUAGGAUUCGAGUGAGCUACUAUGUUGGAAACUAUCCAGUUUCUACCAUGUUUAGUUACGCAACAGUUACGGAUGGUAAAUAUCACACGGUGGAAUUAAUUUUAAUUAAAAAGAAUUUUACAAUGAGAGUAGACGGAGGCAUUUCAAGAAGUAUCAUUAACGAAGGCCCUAAUGAGUAUCUAGAAGUGAGAAGUCCAUUUUAUAUCGGUGGAGUCGACGAAGACAUUGGUAAAAAGGCUCUGAAACAGUGGCAUCUUCGAAAUAUUUCAAGCUUUAAAGGUUGCAUGAAGGAAAUGUAUUUAAAUGGUAAGCAUUUAGAUAUUAUGGUGGCAAGAAGGCAACAAAGAGUUUCACCAGGAUGUUCCGAAUACGAUGAUCCAAAACCUUGCAAGAAUCACAUGUGCCAAAAGGGAAAUUGUGUACAAACAAAUAAACAUAGUUACGAAUGCCGUUGCCAUAAAGGUUGGAGUGGUCCUUUCUGCGAUCAAGGUGAUCAAAAUAUUAAUAUAAUAGUUAGUUAUUAA